CGGCUCUGCCCCGCGGAUAACUGCCCCACCAAGACUUUGGGUUCCUGAACUGCAUCUGCAACCUCACCUCUCCAAACUACAUAUUUUGCCCAUUCGACCACAAGCCCGAUCACCUCAAGACGAACUUCGAAUUACAAGUCAAAUCCACGAAACAAACACCCACGAAACAAACAAACACAGCCGACUCCAACCACCGAAACCGCUUCUACCUCAACCCCUCCGGAUACUCAACAAUGGACCCCCCACCACCACCAUCCUCCUCCUCUACCACCACUCACCCCUCAACAACACCAACCACCUUCCCAUCAACCAGCUUCCUCCCUCCCCCCUCCAGCAUCCCCCGCCCCCCCUCCCCAGUCCAACCCCCACCCCGCACCUUCACCCACCCCCCCUUCACCAUCACAACACUCAAAGCCCCCAUCCUCAAAUCCACCCCCAUCGACCUCCUCCAAUCCCGCCUCGGCAUCCCCAUCCCCGAAAUGAUCUUCGGCGACAACCACCUCACCCUCCACCACAUCCCCACCGCCUACACCCUCACCUUCACCCCCGAACCAGCCCUGGACCUAGUAGACAAAACUGGCUCCACCGGCCUCCUCAAAGUCCACUACGCCACCGCCUGGUCAGCCACACGAGAGAAAACCUCUGCUGGAAUCAAAGAGGUGGUCAAGCCCUUCGAUUGGAGUUACACCACCUCCUACCGCGGAACCGAAACCCCCGGUUUGGGAGGGCAAAAGUUGCAAAGGGAUGACAAGGCGAGGAUACCAGUCGAGCUGUUACAGAGACGAGACCCGAUAUUGUUCGCCGAUGAGGUUGUGCUCUACGAGAGCGAGCUGGAUGAUAACGGGGUCAGCGUCUUGACUGUUAAAGUCAGGGUGAUGGAGCAGAGGAUGUUGGUGCUCUGCAGGUUUUUUCUGAGGUUGGAUAAUGUUUUGGUUAGGGUGAGGGAUACGAGGGUUUAUGUUGAUUUUGGGGAGGAGAGGGUUGUCAGGGAGUAUACGGCUCGGGAGGGGGAGUUUGGGGAGGUGAAGAAGAAAUUAUACAUGGAGGGUCUAAUGCCUGAUCAAAUCACCAUUGCGUUCAGGGAUGCAAACCAGAUUGCGCAUUUGCUCCCCGUGGUGGAGCAUGAGGUUGAGAGUGUUUGUCUCGAGGGGGAGACGGGGCAGACACAGGAAGGUAGGUGAUGGAAGGGGGGAAAGAUGCCAAUUGAGAAAUGAUUUAUGAAUGAAUAUUUGCCUAGCACAUAUCUUGCUCACUUGAGAAGUAACAAGUUGGGUGAUGUGUAUAAUUUGUGUAUCCAGCUAUGUGCAGCUAAUCUGGUAUGUAAUCCCCGAAGAAAACUCCAAGCUAAUGCGGUCGUCGAGGCAAAGUAGUGAUAUUAACGACUAAUAGACCCCCAUAAGUACCCGAGUUGUAGUCAAGCAACCGCUAUUCCCGCCCCCCCAUUCCGUGUUCAUCCAGCUAUGUAGUGCGAAAACAAAAGUAUCAAAUCGUCCCAUCCCAUUUCAUCCCAGCACAAACCCGACAGUAUUGCCUUUCCCAUUCCAACCGCUCGUUUAAAUGAUGAAAAAUCAACGAGCAUCCCUCAUCGGACUACUGCUCCCCUCCACCUCCUCAAACGACAGCUCCCACUGGUCCACCUCCUUAAACUUCUUCACCGCCUUCUGCAGCUCCUCACCCAAUCUCUCCUUCAGCAUCACCGUCGUCUCCGCAUCUGGGAGCUCCUCCUCUUCCUCGUCCUCUGGCUCAUUGCUGCCGCUACCGACAACGAUACUAUCGCCUUCUCGGUCACCGUCAGCAUCACCAUCAUUCUCCUUCUCCUGUUCGUGAGCCUUGGAGCCAUAGGUCCUGGUAACGCGCUUCUUCUUCUUCCCCUUGGGAUCAGCAGCCACAGCAGACUCUUUUUGCUUGCCCUUAUUGGCUGUUGACGCAGUCUUGGAAAGGGCCUUCUUGGCUGCCCUCCUCGUGGGCGGCGGAGCUUCCUCCUCCUCUGAGGCUUCCCCGUCGUCGAUAUCGAACGGAUCGGUACUGUGGGAGCCCUUGCGGUUCUUAUUCUUGCUCGAGGUCUUUCUUCGGGGAAGGAGAGACGCGAGAUCGGCUGAGCUCUUGGGUGGUGGUGGAGCCUUUUUCUUGACGACUGGCGGUUUGGAUUUCGCACGGUAGUUUGGCGAGUGUGUGAGGGAGGGAGGGGAGGAGAUACUCGAUCCCAUGCCGUCGUCUUCCAGCUCUGGGGUCUUGGACGGCACAGUUCGCGUGUUGUAUUUUCUCUGCGCGAGCGCAUCCAGUGAAGGCCAUGCGACUGGACUACCAGCCUCAGAGGCUGGGCUGCUCGACAAUGGAGGGGCCAUAUCCGGAUCAUUGUCCUCGCUCAACUGUGGUGGGGCGGAAAGCUGCCGGGGUGGCGUAGACAGAGGCGAGGAAAUCGACGGCUGCUCGUGAAGUUCGAUAGACUGGUGAACAUCCCCAUCUUGUUGUUCCCUCGCAGGCGACUCAACUCUCGGUUCCAACUCAGCAUCAAUAUCAAAGUCCAAAUCCGGCUCAUCUCCACUCCCCAUCUCCAUAUCGCCCCCCUCCACCGCCAACCUCUUCUCCCUCCCAUCCUCAUGGCUCUCCAAACUCUUCCUCUUUCUUGACCCAGCCGCAACCGGCGACCCAUCCACACUCUCCACCCCCCUCGACCGUCCCCUCGUACUCCUCCUCUUCCCCCCAUCAACGGGCGAAACCUCCCCCUCAUCCUCCCUCCCAAGCACCUCUCUAUUCCUCCCCGCCUGGCUCCCCCGCGAAACACUUCUGACCCUCCUCUCCUUCCUCCCUGUCCCAAGUAUACUCGGCUCC